CGGUGGCGGCCACCGUCGCCAUGGGCAGCCUGACCCUGCAGGGCCUGAGGGAGCUGAUGAAGGCCAUCCUGGACACCCCUGGGUUUGACCGGGUGCUCGACAAGAUGACGGUCCUCUCGGCGAGCCCCGGGCAGGUGACGUGCCAGCUGAAGGUCGGGGAAGAGCACACGAACCGGGGCGGCACCCUGCACGGGGGGCUCACGGCCACGCUGGUGGACGUCGUGUCCACGGCCGCCCUGCUGCACACCGAAAGGGGAAGGCCGGGCGUCAGCGUCGACAUGAACAUCACGUACGUGUCCCCCGCGUACAUCGGCGAGGAGAUCCUGAUCACCGCUCACAUUCUGAAGCAAGGGAAAACCUUGGCCUUCGCCACCGUGGACAUGACCAACAAGACCACGGGCAAGCUGGUGGCCCAGGGCCGGCACACGAAGCACCUGGGAGCCUGAGGCCGUGGCGGCAGGGCCUUCUGAGGGCCCGGAAAAAAAAAAAAAAGAGAUAGCCACUUGGGAGAAGUGUGCAGAAACCGCUGCCCGCGAGGGUCCGUUGGUUGCAUCGUCCCAUCCGGGCAAAUAAAAUCUCUGGGCCCACUUCAGGUGUGGUACACCGCCGUCGGUUUUCCGGCCCCUUUCCCUGCCCGGUCACUCGGUAAUGUUGUUCGGUCCUUUAGGGUGCCCGUGUUCCCACCCACACACCCCACUCCGUCGUCUGUCACACAAACACUCCCUGCCAACCCCCGGGAAGCCUCAUCCCCACUUGGUUCGGGCAGCCUGGGUGAGGGAAGGCGGCACCGGACCCCCGCCCCAGUUGGCAACCUCCUUCUGAUGCCCAGCUCUUCAUUUUCCCUCCCCCACUUUCCGUACCAAGCCCUUAUUCUACGCCCAACAUCGUCUCAAACGUUUGGGUUUACUCUCCCCGGGCCCUGUGAAGUCUAACGCGCAGCCACUUAACUUUCACCUAAUUUUAUUUAAAGUUUCCAUGGUUUCCAAUUCCAACCAAAAGCUAAAUACAAAUUUGAAACAGGUAAGCACUAGGUUUUACCCAGAGGGAGCGGGGUUAUACAGGAUUACUCCAAUAAAAUACUCAAGCCUUGAGCGAAGCCUCCUUCCAAAACUA